AGUUAUCACCAUCUCAUCCUCCCAUCUUGUAUAAGAGGUUUUCCUGUGCUUCCCUUCCUUUCCCUACUUUAUUUUCCCCUACCCCCUUCUCACCUCAGUCUCUCUUCCUGCUUCCCCACUCCCGGCCCCCUCUCUCUUUUCCGGAAAAACCUUCUAUCUGCCUCCUUUUCUCUCCUCAUCGGAAAGUUCUAGAUCCAUAUGUUGCAACUGGAUUCUUGUUUCUAUCCGUGUUUAUCACUUUUUUCCUGCUCUUAGCCCCUCUCUUCUUCUCUCUCGUCCAGGAACCGUAGAUUCUAAACAACGACUCCUAACUCAUCAUGGAAGAGAUCACCUAGAACAGUGGACUCCCAAAUCUUCUUUGCACAACAGCCCAAAUCCUAGCUUGUCGUUAACUAGCACUGGAACAGAAACCCUAACCUUCCCCUAAAUCUUUUGUUUGCAUAACAACCUUAACCCUACCUAACUGUUAACCAGCAUCGGAAUCAAUAUCCAUCCGCAUUUGAAACCCUGGGUUGGAAACUAAUCUGAAAUAACCCAAAGGAACACCCAUUUGCGUUUAACACCAUGGCUUUGCCUCCCCUAAUGGUGUUUGAAAAUAGAAUGCCCUCAAUUAUGUUUUAUUUUCGUUCUUUUCUUAUCUAAUUCUAAGAAACACUAUUUUAGAUUUAGGGAAUUUUAUAGGAUUGGUUCUAUUGCCGGAAUGAGUUUCCAUGGGUUCUUCAAUUGGUGCGUUUAGCUUUCAUGGGUUAUUCAAUUGGCGCGUUUAGUUCCUCUUCAUCCGUGAAGUCGCCGGAAAAUUUGAUUUCCGGCCCGAAUUGAUGGAGUCCACUGAAGUUUUGUCAUCGGUUAUGGCCUACGGCCUGAAAAAUGCUUCUGACUGGUGGGAAGAAAUCAACGAUUCUCCUAUGUGGCAGAAUCGGAUCUUUCAUGUCCUCGCCGGACUCUAUGGCCUUGUCGCCGCCAUCGCCCUGAUCCAACUUGUACGAAUAGAAUUGAGAGUUCCCGAGUACGGUUGGACCACGCAGAAGGUUUUCCAUUUUCUGAACUUCCUGGUGAAUGGGGUUCGAUCGUUGGUUUUUGUGUUUCGUCGGAAUGUUCAGCGGAUAAAACCUGAGAUUAUCCAACAUGUUUUGCUUGAUAUGCCAAGCCUUGCUUUCUUCACAACAUAUGCUCUUUUGGUUUUAUUCUGGGCAGAGAUAUAUUAUCAGGCUCGUGCUGUUUCUACUGAUGGGCUUAGGCCUAGCUUCUAUACAAUUAAUGCAGUGGUUUAUGCUAUACAGAUAGUUUUAUGGCUGAUUUUGUGGUGGAAGCCCAUUCCAGUUAUGGGUAUCUUGUCCAAGAUAUUCUUUGCAGGUGUCUCAUUGUUUGCAGCUCUUGGGUUUCUUCUCUAUGGAGGGAGGCUUUUCUUGAUGCUUAAACGGUUUCCUGUUGAGUCAAAGGGGCGGCGCAAAAAGUUACAGGAGGUUGGCUAUGUAACCACUAUAUGUUUCUCAUGUUUCUUAGUGAGAUGUAUUAUGAUGUGCUUCAACGCAUUUGAUAAAGCUGCGGACCUUGAUGUUUUGAACCACCCAGUUCUAAACUUAGUGUACUACUUGUUGGUGGAGAUUCUGCCUUCUUCUCUGGUGCUUUUCAUUUUAAGGAAGCUUCCUCCCAAGCGUGGGAUUACUCAGUAUCAUCCAAUUCGUUGAGAGGAUAGGAAAAAUCAGUAACUGGUUGGAAAACCUGCUUAGGGGCAAUGGGAUGGCUUGACUUUUGGAGAAGCUCAUCUACCCUCUAGAUAGAGGAUGCAAGCUAACAAAGAAAGGCAAAAAUUUAAAGCUCCACUGUGGAGCCACAACGCUGUCAUGUGGGAUUCAAACGGGCCAAUAAGUGUUGUAGAUUUGUGAAGGGAAAUAUAUUUGAAAGGAUUGUGAAACAUUGAUGAGAGAAAGGUAGUAUGAUUACCUUUGUUUUGGUCUGGUUAAUAGAGAUGUUUUUAAGAGAUGCUUUGUCGUUCUAAUUCAUAUAUUUAUUGGUAACUAAACUCGGACACGUUAGAUCUUGUUUUCAAAUGGAUUACCUGUUAAACA